ACAUAGUAGAAUAUUUUUACCUUUCAAUUUCAUGUUAUUGAGAUUUUUUAGUGCCAUGUGGUGAAUCCACUAUGUUGCACACGGACUUGGCAAUUCCAGAGCUUUUAGAGGUUAAUGGAAAAGAGAAACUAUAGUUUUUACUUUUUUUUCAAGAGAAUCAGUUUCAGAUAAGAACAAAACACUUGGGUUUUUUUAUGGAAUACAGAUGGCUAAUCAGUUUAUUGUUGUUUUUCAAGUAAUGCUGGUGGUGUAAGAGGGAAAGAGAGGCUAUUGAUUGAUCAGUUCAAGCAAGGUCUUGGAAGAAGCUCAUUUGUAGCCAACUCCAUCAUUUCUUGGCAGCUCAGGUCAGGUUUUUCCACUUUUGAUUCUUACUCAUAAUCAUCAGAAGAGAGACUAAAGCACCCAAAGUCAUAAAAGGUGUGCUUUUGCUCUUUGUCAUUGGUCAUUGUCAGAAACAUAGCAACUCCUUGUAGCAUAAGUCUGGUUCAUUUGUUUCUGUAACCUUUGAUGCCAUAUUCUUUCCUAUCCUCAAACAUGGUUGAAACAACUGAGAAUCAAAUCCCUUCUCCAUUUUAUCUCUUCAAACCAUAUUUACUUUGUGUUGCACUCCUUGUUCCUUCCAUUGUUUUGACUAGUUUCCUUGGUUUGGGGUUCUUCCAUCCUAUCCUUUUUACAAUUCCAAUCUUGAUUUUAUCAACAAGUUUCCUGGUCAAAUUAACAAAGAAGAGAAAGGUGGUUUUAGUAGAGAAUCCAGAUUCCAGGAAGCUGAAGCUUGAGGAUGAAGUUGAAGAGAAAGUACUACAGCUACAGCCAGUGUUAGUGGAAACUGAUCCAGAAUCUGAUGCUGCCCAAGAAGCUGAUAUUGGCAUUGUGCAUGAGUUUCAAGUUGAUGAAUCACUAGAUUUGAUAUCUGAAAGUGAUCAAAGCAGUGAUGAUUCAGGCUCAAGUGAAAACCGUGAGUUAAAUUGGAUGGUUUCAGGUAAUGUAGAACAAAAUCCUGAAAUCUCAGAUUAUUCAACCUCAGAAGAUGAUGAAGAAGGCCUCAUUGAAAUUGCCAUUCCAAGCAACAUUAACUCCAUUGGUUUGAGUGAAGAACCAAAACAAAAUCUGCAAUCCAAUCUGCCAACUUUCUUGCCAGAAUCUACUUUCAAGCAACAAGACCUUGUUGAGCUAUUGGCAGAAAUGAACAAUGAGGUAAAUGAAGAAGAAAAUCUAAUUGAAAUUGACAUUUCAAUGGGAUCCAUCAAAUGUCCAAGGUUUGAAAUUGAAGCUUGAAACCAGAACAGCCCAAACUUUGAGUUCAACAAUUUGAUGUUAAAGAGCUAGGAUUUAGCUUAGGAAUUUAAUAGUUUUGUUUAUUUUUGUUAUGCUCAAAUAUCAUGAACUUAAUUUAAUUUCCCACUUUUUUUUUUCUAUAAAUUUGGCUUUUCAUGAUGAAGUUUAAUGCUUUUUUGGAGCAUGUGUAAUCUUUUUGACACAAGUUAUAUAAAAAGGUAUCAACAUUUUGA